UUUCACCACAUCAGCACUCAAAAUACUUUGUAAUGACCCCAUAUUUCUAAACUCUCACUGAUAUUACUUCUCUAACUUUACCAUCUAAAAAAAUAUCCAAUCAAAACCACCACCACCACCACAUUUCAACAAAUUCCAUUCAACAUGGCAGCCACAGCUGCCACAGCAGUAGCUUCUUCAUUCUCAAGUCUUCCUUGUAUACGUUCUAAAUUAACUUGGUCCAACUGUGAUCAUCUCCUUAAAAUAUCAUGCACUAGAACACCAAGUCUAACUUUAACUUCAUCAUCAUUAUCAUUAUCAAUAGCUCGUGGAAAUGAAGUGACAUGGAGGAGGAAGAGGCUGGCGGCUGCGGUGGCGCAAGAGGAGGCAGAAGCCGCGGUGACGGUGGAGGAGGAAGAGGCGGAGGUGGAGGCCGAGGCGGCGGUUGAAGAGGAAGUAGUUGUGGAGGAAAAGGGAGAAGACAGUAGUGAAAGUGAAGGUGUUAAUACUAAGCUUUAUUUUGGGAACUUGCCUUAUCUUUGUGAUAGUGCACAACUUGCUGGGAUUGUUCAAGACUAUGGUAGUCCUGAGCUUGUUGAGGUUCUUUAUGACAGGGACACAGGUAAAAGCAGAGGAUUUGCAUUUGUGACAAUGAGUACUCUUGAAGAUUGCGAGAAAGUCAUCGAAAAUCUAGACGGAAGAGAGUAUGGUGGCAGAACCUUAAGGGUGAAUUUCUCAGACAAGCCUAAACCAAAAGAACCCCUUUACCCGGAAACUGCACACAAGCUCUUUGUUGGUAAUUUGGCCUGGUCAGUCACAUCUGACAGUUUGAUACAAGCAUUUCAACAAUUUGGAACUGUUGUUGGAGCUCGGGUACUAUAUGAUGGAGAGACAGGAAGAUCUCGUGGCUAUGGUUUUGUGAGCUUUGAGACUAGAGAAGAAAUGGAGAAUGCUCUCAAUAAUCUCAAUGGAGUGGAAUUGGACGGAAGGGCAUUGCGCGUUAGCUUAGCACAAGGGAAGAAACAAUAAGAUGGACAAGAUUCUUGUAUAUUAGUUGUAAAAGUUCAAAUUUGCCAUCUAUAGAAGAACAAGUUUUAUUCAUAGAUUAAGAUGGCUAAAGGCUUUAACUAGGUCAAAAUGAGAUGUACCAUUUGAAUCACAUCCCCAUUCAUUGAGUUUUUUUUUUUUUCCCUCCCCUUUGUUAUUUAGAGAGAGCUAGUGAGCUAUCAUUGUUCCUUUCAUAUCAAGAGAGCUAUUAUGACUCAAACAAAUUGGUCAGAGGCGUUUAAAAUGCUUAUUUUGAUUGA